AUGAACUCAACCGAGGUACUCCUUCAAAGCCCAGCGGCUGAACCCCUUCCAGGGGUAACGGCAGAUUUUGACAACCCACCAAAUCAUAGAACGGAGUGUAUUGCUCUCCUAACUGUCUGCAAUGUGGUCUGCACUGUCCUAUUUUUUAUUCGCGGUUAUACGAGGUUGUACAUCGUACGUCGUGUUACGCUAGAGGACUUAUUUGUUGUCCUUGGAUGGGGAAUGUUCAUCGGACACACUGUCUCUCUCAUCCUAUACGUAGAGGUAUCCCCAGGUCUUGACCAGUGGAAUAUGCGACCCGAUAGGUUUCUCAAAGUGCUAUAUUACAUCUAUGUCAGCUCGAUUUUGAACAGAUUCCUCAUGUUCUUCAUUAAAUUCGCGAUUCUCCUGCAAUAUAUUGAACUAUUUGCCCCAGCAAGAGUAAAUCGAAAGAUGUAUUGGGCUUGUCAUGGUUUGCUCUGGACGAACAUCCUAUUUUAUGUUACCGAGGUCUUUGUGGAAAUCUUUAGAUGCCACCCUAUCGCGAAAGCGUGGAAUUUGUUAAUCACGGAGGGUUCUUGCCCAGUCGAUUUCCUGAUACUCACUGUAGUGGCAGCAUGUAUCAACUUGGCAUCUGACAUUAUCAUUUUAAUAAUGCCACAGGUCUGCAUCUGGAAACUUCAAAUGGAACGCAAGCAAAAGACACUUAUCUCCAUAUUGUUCUUCAUUGCCAUCUUUGCUUGCAUAUCCUCGUCUUUACGCCUCCAAUUCUCGAUUCGUGUGCUCCGGAAUCCCGUCAACUACACGUACCAUGGAUUUCUAACGGGUGUCUGGUCCUUACUAGAAGCGACCUCGGCAUUUGCGGUUGCCUGCUUUCCAGUACUGCCCAAAUUCCUUCGCAACAGGAGGGAUAAGCUGAGACUAAAUGAGUCUAGUAUAUGGCGGAGAUUUACUCUGUCUGGCAUCGUUAGCACGAAAUCCAGCAGUGGACGAGACAGACUGUUUGACAAAAAUGCGAAUACAUUAUCGCCGGAUUCUGCAAAGAGUAUAUGCUCACAAGGCUGGCAUGAGCUGGAAGAUCCUAGGUCGAUGAGUAAGCAUAUACGAUCUGCUGAGCAGCUGUACGAGUCACAUAGAUCGACAGAGGAGUUUGCUGCGGGAGAUGAAUCUGUGGUAUAG